UUCAACACUGGUGUUCCCCCCCCCCCACCCCGUGUUAGUUUCGCCUUCCGGGGUCUUCUGCCUUCUCCCGGAAGAAGAAGGAAGGUACAGGUGAGUUUCUCCAGUCGGCUUCCCGGAUCCUUGCGAACUGCGAAGCUGUCUCGGUCGCUCCUCGGGCCAAGCAGAUAGCUCGUAGCCAGUGGGAAGAAGGUUGCCUGGUCGAGGCCAAUGCCUGCCGCGCUUCCUCUGCAGUAUGAAGACGCCGGAGGCGCCACCGUUAGCUCCCGACUGCUUAUCUUCAGACCAGGCCCCAACUUCAGCCCGUCUUUCUCCUCAGGCUUCCCGGAUGGAUAAAAAUACGGACCCAGAACUGAUGCCACUGCCAUCUGAGGGGGAUGAUCCGCCCCUUGUGUUCCCAGAUCCCAUGGCUAGCCCAGCUGUGUCUCAAGAGCUGGGGGAGGAGGACCCAGCUUCUCUCUCUACUUCCCUGGAAACAGGGUUUGGAACUCCUAGUGAGUUGAGCCCUCGAAUCAAGGAGCAAGAACUAUCUGAAAAUGUGAGCCUUCUUGCAGAGGAAACGAACAGGGCAGAAUUGGGGCCUGGAGAAACCAUGGAAGGUGUGUCUGCGGAACCCGCUCGUGAGGAUGAGGAUUCCACGGCUCCCGAUGGUUCCUGCAUCUUGACCAAUAGUGCUGAUAAUAUUCUGCGGAUUUAUAACCUGCCCCCAGAGCUGUACAAUGAAGGGGAGCAGCUGGAAUAUGCAGAAAUGGUCCCUGUCCUUCGGAUGGUGGAAGGUGACACCAUCUAUGACUACUGCUGGUAUUCUCUGAUGUCUUCAUCCCAGCCAGAUACUUCCUAUGUGGCCAGCAGCAGCCGGGAGAACCCGAUCCACAUCUGGGAUGCAUUCACUGGAGAGCUUCGGGCUUCCUUUCGCGCCUACAACCACCUGGAUGAGCUGACAGCAGCCCACUCACUUUGCUUCUCCCCGGAUGGCUCCCAACUCUUCUGUGGCUUCAACCGGACUGUGCGUGUCUUUUCCACGGCCCGGCCCGGCCGUGACUGUGAGGUUCGAGCCACGUUUGCAAAAAAGCAGGGCCAGAGUGGCAUCAUCUCCUGCAUCACCUUCAGCCCAACCCAGCCCCUCUAUGCCUGUGGCUCCUAUGGCUGUUCCCUGGGUCUCUAUGCCUGGGAUGAUGGCUCCCCUCUCGCCUUGCUGGGAGGCCACAAAGGGGGCAUCACCCACCUCUGCUUUCACCCUGAUGGCAAUCGCUUCUUUUCAGGAGCCCGCAAGGAUUCUGAGCUUCUAUGCUGGGAUCUCCGGCAGCCUGCUCAUCCACUAUGGUCCCUAAGCCGCGAGGUGACAACAAAUCAGCGCAUCUACUUUGAUCUGGACCCGACUGGGCAGUUCCUUGUGAGUGGCAGUACUAGCGGGGCUGUCUCUGUGUGGGACACCGGCAGGUCUGAGCAUGAGAGGACGCCAGAGCCAGUGCUGAGUUUUUUGCCCCAGAAGGACUGCACCAAUGGAGUGAGCCUGCACCCUAGCCUGCCUCUGCUGGCCACUGCUUCUGGUCAGCGUGUGUUUCCGGAGCCUACAGAGAGUGGAGAUGAGGGGGAGCAGGAAGUGGACCUUCCUCUGCUCUCUAUGCGCCACGUCCACCUUGAAUGUCAGCUUCAGCUGUGGUGGUGUGGGGGGACCCCAGACACCAGUAUCCCUGAUACUCACCAGGGUGAGGAGGGACAGGGAGGGACAAAGGGAGGUGGAGGUGAGUUUAUAUAAAAAUGUUUUAUAUGAUA